UACCAGCUAUGAGGAUAACUAGGGAUUUGGGAAACGGUCCGCUGCUCUGGAACCUUUGGACUGCUUUAGUGUUGGUGUGUGUUUUUAGUGUGGACUGUCGAGUGAUCAAUCAGGACUUCGAUCUGGACACGUCAGCAGCCGAGCCUCGGCCGGUGUUUAUUGCUGAGCCACCCCGACCUGUGGCUCUGCCUUUAGUGUACAACGAACCGCAGCCAUUAAGUAUUGCUGAUCACACCAGGAAAAGUCUACGCCCUGCACUGUCGUUUUCGUACAACGAAAGGACUGACGACUCUACUGGUUCUGCAUCUACUCAGAUCGAAGAUCAAAAACCAGCAGCCAUAGAUUAUUACAAAUAUGUUGACACCCAAAAGGCUAAAGAAAAGGCAGCAGCGGAAAUAGCUACCUCGAAGAUAGUUGAACCUGGUGGCCUAAGUGCGGAGAGCAAACUUUUCAGAGGACAGAAGAAAGCCCACACAGAAUUAAAGCAGCAUGGAGGAGAUAUAGCAGGGCACAAAACACAUGAAACAAUCAAAAACCAUCAUGGAGGAAACGACGAUCAUAGUCAGGAGAGUAGCAGUGUAGAGGAACAUGGUCAUAGCAGCGAGCAGGGGCAUGAGGGAGGGCACAAGAAGGGUGAUUCUGGACAUAGCCAUGAAAAUGGAGGUAAUGAUGGAGGUGGUGAAGGUCAUGGUCAAGGUCAUGAAGGUAAAGGAGGAGGAAGUGGUGACAGUGAAGGCAGUCACAGUCAUGGACAUGGUGGACAUGCAGGAGGCGAUCAUGGAGGAGAAUUUGAAAAAGGUGGAGGUAAAGAAUUCCAUGCUCUUCAUCAUGGCGACCACGGAGAAAAAGGCAACAAGCAUUACGAAGGACAUCACAGCCAUGAAAAAGGUGCGAAAGGUCAUCACGACAAAGAAAAUCACGCAAAAAAAUAUGCGGAAAAAGGCGGACACAAGAAAGAACAUCACCACGAUGAUGGAUACCAUGCGGAACACCACAAACAUCAUGGUGGUAAAAAAGGAUCAAAGUAUGACGAAGAAGGUGAACAUAAUAAAGGGCACAGCACCAAAGGUUCUCACAGUAUACAUAAGAAGGAGGAGUACGAGAAAAAAACUGAAUUUUUCGAUGAAGAUCACGAGGGCGGGGAGACCGAGAAACAUGGAGGAUUUAGCGAAGAAGGAGGAUAUAAAAAGGAUGGACAUCAUAAAGGUGGCCAUAAAAAAGGUGGCAAUCACGAGACGCACUACGGAAAGGAAUCGAAAUCAGAGAAGGCAGGUUUCUACAAAGAUGACCAAGGGCAUAACAAGAAGGCGGGCCGUGAUGAUCACGAUGAGCACAAAACGAAAUAUGGUAAAAAGGAAAGCGUGGGAAAGGGCACCCAUUGGGGUUAUAAGGAAAGUUCAGGCGACGGAGAGGGUCAUGGAGGGGGUGGCCAUGGAGGUAAUAAUCAUGGAAGCCAUAGUCACGUCACGUACCAAGUGGCAGGACAAAAGCAGAAUACCGAACCUUCUAGCGAACCCGUUGCUGAUCACUCUCAUUCUGAUCAUGUGGAACAAGAAGCUGUGAACAGUAAAGCUGACAGCGAGACGAAUGAAUCAGAAAACGCACGAAAACAAACAGAUCCCCCAGCCAUCAGUUUAGAAGACAUAAACAGGCACCUGGAAGAGAACAACAAUGGAGAUGGCGAGGUUCAAAGGUCUGACAACCAGCCAGACAAUGAAUCUAGUCAAGCGAUCGAAAUAGCUAUAGUCAGCUUAGAGGAUGGAACGACCAUUCCAGUGGUGAAGAGAAAACGAAUAAAGAAACGGAAGAUUUCGCGAGAGACUAUAGGAGAACCCUUCUCGCUGCGUCAUUACGAAGAUUUCCAUUUACCUGAAGAAAGCAGUAACAAAUUUCUGAUAGUUGCGGCCGAAUGAUACAUAACAAUUAGGAAAAGUGGACAUUUUUGUUAUUAUUUAUUGUUAUUUGUU